UCUGCAGUCUCCCUGUAUAGCAGAUUAUUAUGUGCACGCACUUAAAGCUACGUUGCGUGCAUCACUGCGUUUACAUCCGUUGUGUGGUGUGGUUUGUACCGGCACAACAUAUGCAGCCAGUUGUAUGGAUGUGUAAGCAAAUAUUUAUAAUUGUUCUCCACAUUGAGAUACAUUUCCGGUUAAAUGGAGAUUCCAGAAUGUUAAGUAUUAUGGUGCUAUGCAGCAGUUGAGAAGCCGACUCGGCUUCUCAAUGUUUGUUCAGCAUGGCGGUAACCUUUCUGCACGACAUGACAACAUAUGUGGAUAUAUCGGCAUUCCAGCAGUGAAAACAGCGACGAGUGGAUUGAAAUGAGCAAAACGUCUGUUAUUGCCAGUUUGCCAGUGCUGUCAGAAGUGUGCUCAUGAUAGUUGACAACCCGCAUUUUACGACAUGACAUGGGAGCUGAAAUUUGCAUUUUGCAAGCUUACACCGGCACUUAUUGGGCGAACACAUGCCAAUUAACAGUGCUGGAAGAGGCAUGCGCCAGUGCACGCUGACAGCGGAUCUGGGAAACGUUUGAUUCUAAUUACAUGUAUUUUUAUCUUGUUGUUUUUAUUAUUUGGAUAUUGGCUUACGAAUAAUUCAAUUGCAAAAUGUACUGGCUUGUUCAAAGUUCAAACAAUAAAUCCCUACCCUUUACGACCUCCAUAGAAAACGGAUCGGAUCAUACCGGAGAAUGGGCGUAUCCGUUGGGGUUUAAUAUUUUCCUUAUUGCGGAUACCGCUAUCUGUGUAACAUGGUCAUUACUGGCCAACAGUAUAGUCCUUAUCAGUGUACUGCGCGAUCCCAAACUGCAUCAAGCGCAAAAUUAUUACAUCGCCAGUUUAGCCGCAUCCGACUGGAUGAUGGCGGCUUUCGUCAUGCCGAUCGCCCUGUAUAAUUUCCUGUAUAAAGGCUGGCCCAUUCGCAGUCGUGCACUAUGCAAAUUCUGGACGUUUAUGGAUUUCACUAAUUCCCUACAGAGCAGCUUAUCCGUAUCGCUGAUCAGUUAUGAUCGCUACUGUAUGGUGUGCAAGCCGGUUAGCUAUCGAAAUAGUACCUGGCGUACCGCGGCAUUUCGGAUCGGUGCCACCUGGACAUUUUCCAUACUGUUCUACGGAUUAACCAUUAUGUUCUGGGAUGUCGUACAGGGCUACUCCGACGUGCCCGACAACGAAUGCCUGGUGGAAUUCGAAUACGACAUGACCAUGAGUAUUAUACAGGCGAUUCUGGAAUUUCUCGUACCGUUGGCGUUAAUAUGCUAUUGCAAUGUGCGGCUGUGGUUGUACAUUCGCAAUCGACGGAAGAAAGUAUAUCGCAGCGCCAGCUUCCGGGUGGUUGCACAGUCGAAAAAUGACGAGGGAUUGCCGGUGUGUAAUAUGCCGUCGAAGGAUAAACGAACGGCGAUCGCUGAAUUUCGCCGCGAGCAACGCACGUUUCGGAAUUUGCUGAUAUUAGUGGGAACAUACUUUUCCUUAUGGAUUUGGUACGAAAUUAUCAGCAAUUUCGUACAGCCGGUUCUGUUCAAUUUUGAGCACCGCAGUGUUUCCACUACCGUAUUCCUGGCAGCAACGUGGCCGCAGUAUCACCUCCACGCGAUUGAUCCUAUUAUUUACGCUAUUACUAUCGAGCGAUUCCGAUAUCACUUUAAAUUGGCCUUCUCUCGACCUUUCACCAGCUGCUCACGCGAGCCGGUACCCACUGUCAAAAGUGAAGAAGGAAAAGAUUCUGUGUCGCAAGCGAUGCCAUAACGAUGUUCAUACAGCGCGUUAUUUUAUCUAGCGGAAAUAAUCUUUUGCCUCUUGAAGGUCAGAUGGAAAAAAUCCUUUUUAUUCAACAGUCAACGACAGUUUAGAGUUUUAAUGCGAAGAGUUAUGUGUUAUUGCUGUACGUCGUUGCAAUAUUUUAUAUGUGCACAGACUCAUCCAAUACUAGAAGUACACAGUACACACGAUCGCUAUAUUUAAAGCCUUUGCAGCUGCACGAUGUUUAGCAAUUA